CUUUCAUCCCUUUCACCUCCAAUGCACAUCGCCAUGCAUUGUACGUCUCGCUCCCUCCUCGCCGGCGCCUUUAGGCUUGCCGUGCAACCUCAUCCAUCCACUCUUCCGCCGCCUUUUCUCCUCCCAGCCUUCACCACCAUCCAACGUGCGACCUUCUCCUCUUCUCCAUCUCCUCAAGCCCGCAAAGAUGGCAACCCGAACCGUGGCAUCUCGCCCCUCCGUCGAAAAGUGACCACGCGCUUCGCCAAACGCGUCAAGAAAGAUAUUGCGAAUAUCCCCCAGCCGGUACUAGACCCUCGCCUGCGCAGCGCCGUGGAAGUCGAUGAGGACCACGGACUGUGGGAGUUUUUCGGCCAGGAGAAGAACAGCUUGGCAACGCCCGUGGAGAUCUCGGCGCAUGGGCGCGGAUGGACGGUGGCGGAGUUGCGGCGCAAGGAUUGGGAUGAUUUGUGGAGGCUGUGGUGGGUUUGUUUGAAGGAUCGGAAUCGCUUGGCCACUUUCGAGGCGGAGAAGGAGAGGAUUGGGAAUUUGUAUGGCGAGGAGGAGAGUAAGAAGCGGAGGAGAGAGCUCAACGUCACCCUUGGCGGUAUCAAGCAUGUUCUGACCGAACGAUGGUACGCGUGGGAAAAUGCGCGAUAUGCUGCAAUGGAGGACCCUGAGGUCAACCUGUACGCCGAUCCGGACAAGGGCGAGCAGGCGUUGAUACGACCGCAAGAAGAGAAGAAGGUCGAGUCCAUCCAGGACACCCUCCCACCGCCACCUGCUGAUGAGAAACUGGGAUCGGAAGUGAGAGCAUAAUCAAAGACUAGAUGCCAAUCAUUUAGCGUCCUUCAAUAACAUCCUCCGAUGCACUACUAAUACACGCUA